GUCCGACGGGGUCCCGUGGGCGCAGGGGGGCAGCCUGGGGCACCAGGGGCGCGCAUCCGGAGAGGGAGAGGGACCGCGCGCAUGGAGCCGACGGCGGCAGUCGAGAUCGGACGCCGCCGGUGAACGUGCACGUCCGCCCAGCGCUCCUCUGCCUGACGCCGCUCGUGCCACGCGGACUCGCCGAACGCCGCUCCCGGCGCCCCUGCUCGGAUAAAGAGUGCCGCCCUCGGGACCCCAGCGGAGCCCCCCGUCGGCCAAGCCCCCGGCGAACCUCGGGCCGCACGUCGGCCUUCAGUGCCAGAGGCUGCGCGGGCCCCCGCGUGUGGACCGGCGGGUGCGGGCCUCGGCCCCAAGACCUCUACGGUGGAGCCCGCGCUCUGCUUCGGCCCCGCAGCCCCGUGGACAUUCGCGGACCGAGCGGCCGUGCGUGAACCGCUGAGCGUGCAAGUGUCGGCGGCCGAGCCGCGCUGGACUCCCUGGGAGGCGGUGUUGUUUCCCCGACGGCCGGACCUCCCGUCAUGCCGCGACGCUGCUACUGAGCGUGCGGCGGCUCCACGGGCGCGCCACCAAAGCGGGACCACGGCGCGCUCGGAGCGGCGCAGACCCACCGGGUCCCCCAGCGCCACGGCGACCGGCGGCAGCAUCGAGCCGGGCGAGACGCUCGAUCUGUCCCCCGCGUCCAGCGUGGUCCAGGGAAUCGGCGGACGCAAGCGGGACGUCAACGGCGGCGCUGCCAUGGCCGUGGCACGCUCGUCGGCCGCGCACCCGCCGCUGUCGCCCGCCGCCAGCCCCGUGUACGCGGGUCGCUUCUCCAUCGCCAGCCCCCUCCAGGACGUCGCAAAAGACAACGUCGCGGAUUUCCUGCCCAAAAAGAGCUUACGGAGAAGCGUGGCCAACGAGAGUCCAAGAAGCUGGAUGGACCCCAAGCUGAUGCUGUCGGCGUCGCCAGACACCAACUACAGUCCCAAGAUCUCCGGGAUCCCCUGCGUGGCCGCCGCCUCUCGGUACACGGCGCCCGUGCACAUCGACGUCGGGGGAACCAUCUACACCUCGUCAUUAGAGACGCUGACAAAGCACCCGGAGUCCCGGCUGGCGCGCAUGUUCAACGGUAGCAUCCCAAUCGUGCUGGACAGUCUGAAGCAGCACUACUUCAUCGACCGAGAUGGCAAGAUGUUCCGGCACGUGCUGAACUUCCUGCGCACCAACACGGUGGCCGUGCCGGCCGACUUCCCGGAGCUGGAACUGCUGUACGAGGAGGCCCGUUACUACGAUAUCCCGGCGCUAACGCGGCAGCUGGAGCCCCUGCGCGAGCAGGCGCAGCAGCGGAGACGUGCGGCCAGCGUAGGGGCGAGCCCGGCGGCCAUCGCCAGCACCACGUCCCAGCUGAGCCCCGGCGCCCCCAAGCAGAGCAAGCGGCCGCCGGCCAACCACUGCGACGGCCUCGUCUCUCCGUCGGAGAAGGACGCCGAGCGCUUCCAGGACGCCUCGUACCAGUGCCUGGCGCUCAACAUCAGUCCGGACAUGGGCGAGCGCAUCGUCAUCAGCGGGGAGCGGGCCCUGGUCGAGCAGGUCUUCCCGGAGAUCGCGCAGGCGCUCAUGGACGCCCGCAGCGGUGUCGCCUGGAACCAGGACACCAAACACGUGAUCCGGUUCCCUCUCAACGGCUACUGCAAGCUCAACUCGCUGCAGACCAUCACGCGGCUUCUCAACGCGGGCUUCCGGGUCAUGGCGUCCAACGGCGGCGGCGUGGAGGGACAACAGUUCAGCGAGUACCUGUUCGUGCGCAGGAACCUGCCGUUCUAAGUGGGCCAUUACGCCGCCGAACCCUAGCAGCGGCCGGGACGCGGUGAACUGUCGCGUCGAGCGACCCGGAGCCGCCCUCGGCUGAGACUCAUUUCCUGUGCCACGCAGUGUGCAUCCGGGAGUCGUCGGAACUGUGCCCUCGGAGCCCUGUGGACUGCGUGUGCCGCCGAUCGCUGGACGGACGCGAGUGACAGUCGCGAGCAACGGCACGGCUUCUUUUAUUUGUGCAAACGAAGGAGUUGUGGGGGAACCGUGGGGCAGGCCCUCUUCUCUUUGGGCUGCCGUCUUCAAGAUGGCGAGCGCCGUGUUGUUCGAUGGGUAUGUGCUUUAUAUCACACCACGCGCUCUGUACUGCAAGCUUCAUCGUCGGGACACCGCCCCGUGUAUCCCCGCUACCGUCGACUUGACGAGCGACUCUGCAAUAAAGAUCUCAGACCGCAUCGAGACA